AUAACGAUAUUUUUGCAGAGCGUCAAACUUGCCUCGAAAAGAUGGCCCGGCGAAGCGAACAAUCUCGUGCUUCCGAUCCAACUGGAAAAUGGGACUACGUACGUUUAUCAGGCGGAAAACGUGGUUAUCGUGGAACGUAGGCAAGAUCAAUUUCGGCUCGAGUGCAAUUUAAAAUUCGAUUUGUGCACGCUAGAAUUGUCCGGCUGGUAUCACGGGAAAACCGCCGGUAUCCUUGGAACGAUGAAUUACGAGCCGAUGGACGAUAUGACAGGUUCGAACGGAAUCGCGACGAGAAACGUGACCGCAUUCGGCGAAAGUUGGUCGAUCGAUCGGCAAGAUGAUUGUGGGAAAACGGAGGCCGGUCCGGUCGCUGAAUCGAAAGACGAUCCGAUGGUCUUGCAGUUUUGCGAUACUUUGUUCGUGAACAAAAGUUCAGAGUUCGUAAGCUGCUUCGACGUGAUCAAGCCGAAGGAAUAUUCAAAAAUGUGUGUGACGAGCAAAGGUGUGUCGGAAGCUUGUACCGUGGCGUUGUCUUACAUGCAGAUUUGCAUGUUCCACGACACGUAUCUCAGAAUACCGGAUGUGUGCAGCAAUUGCAGUAUGAUGGACGGUGAUCAAGUAGCAGAAGGGCAAUUCGUGAAAUUGGAGGGCGACCGAGUGCCCACGUCGACCGACGUCGUGUUCAUCGUCGAGGGAAAAGAAUGUAAUCGUAACGUGAAAGAGAAUCGUAGUAUCGAUCAGUUGAUCACCCAGUUGAACAAAGAAUUCAGGGAUCAUGGUUUGACGGAUAAUCGAUGGUCUUUGGUUACUUUCGGAGCGAACGGUGUUUUCGAUCAUCCGAGGAGUAUAGCUUUCGACGGGCAAAUAUUCACCAAAAACGUGGCGCGAUUUAUCGAUUUCUUCGACCACGUGCCCGUUGGCAAUGGGAGCCGCGAUAUUUUUGCGGCAAUCGCGUUCGCCUCGAAACUCGUGUUCCGUGCCGGUGUAUCCAAGACGUUCAUUUUAAUGCCUUGCUCGCAUUGCGAGCCGGAAAAUCAAAUGCUGGACUAUUCAGUGGUACACGAGGUAUUAUUGGAACACGAUAUCACGCUUCACAUAUUGAUGGACGGUGAUUUCGAAUUCGAAAAAGAGAGACUGAACAAGAUCUUUUACGGAUUGGACGCGACGAAAUCGUAUACGAAGAAGGAUACUAGAACGUUAACCGGCGAUACCGAUUUACGAAGGCAAGUGAAACUUCCGAAAAGCGCGCUCGGCUACUGUACACCUUUAUCUUUGGAGAUUAACGGAACCAUAUUCAGCGGUGAUAAAUUACGCUUCGAUAAAUUGGCCUCGAUUAAAAAAUUCGCCAGCGUCUUCUCGAAGAGAGUAGCCUUGACCGCGCAACCUAAUCCUUGUCAAAACUGUGAAUGCACUGCCGAUAAUAAUGGUGUCACGCGAAUGGAAUGUAUCCCCUGCAUAUAUCCAACUCCGAUUUCCGUCGAUUAUGAAAUGUUCAAUCUCAACGAUUCGUUGGCAUCUCUACAACCAUUGAACAUCGAUUACGGUCAAAUUGAUAUCGAUGACACUUGAAGAAUCACGAAAUGGAUGAACGUAUCAUUCCUUCCUCGUUUCACAAACACUCGACGCGAAAAACUUUUAUCAAUGUAAUGCCAUACAUAUCUUUCGACGAUGAGUAUUCAAUACGUAUUGUCAACGAUUAGCAUCGUAUAUUUAGCAAAUAAUUGCAUAUAUCUGUAUAAUGAUAUUCGAUUGUAAUCUUCUCCAGGAAAUGUUUCGAUAUAGGUAUAUAUAGAUGCAUAGAUAAGAAAAA